AUGCUGCGCUGUGGACGCACGCUGCUGCGCAGGGCGGCUGCGGGUGUCUCCCAUCGCGGCAGUGGCAUGCGGCCCAUCUCGUUGCACUUGUGGUCGGUGACCACCGCGUACAGGACACGGAGAGGGGCACCGGUUCUUCAUGGAGCCGUUGGCGGAGACACGUUUUCUUUAUCCCCCUCUUCCUCCUCUUUUCUUAGCUCCAGCACGUACGUUGCGGCCCGCACGUUUGUAUGGCCGUCGUGGCUGCUGCGCGCCCCGAGCGCGAAGCCCCCGGCGGAGGAUGAAAAGAAGAAGCGAUUUCGCGAGAGUACCGGGGCUGCUUUCGAGGUUGGCAGCACGCCGCCGUCGUUCGAUGCCACACAAUCCAAACUGACAGAGGCGAAGUGGAAGGCGGCAAGCACCACGACGGACGCAGCGAAGAAGCAGAAGGAGGAGGCCGCUAGUAAAAGUGAGGGAGAAGAGGCUUCACCGACAGCCGAUGGCGCGCGCGGCACGUUUGUGCGUCUUUCCAACAACGAGACGGAGGUAAUUCACCGCGUGAACAUGGGCGAGCGUGUGGAGGCGGCAACGAAGGAGCUGAAGGAGCGGCAGAGCUCGGACACGAAGAGCACACCCUCCGUUGCUGCUGCCUCCACAGACGGCUCUUCUGCACAGAGCAAGGAAGGAGGCGCUGACAGUCGCACGCAGGCUUUGCAGGACCCAAACAACGGCGGCAGUAAAGCUGGAACGUCCCCGUCCGGCUCACCCCCCGCAAAGGCGAGUGAUAAGGCUCCGCCGCUGAUCAGCACGCCACCGCGACAGGACGGCAUUCAUAUUUCUGAGAAUGCCUCCGACAUUCCCGUUGGACGUGUGGUGGGGAAGGUUUGGUCCUACCUCUGGCCACGAGGGGAACCGAAGAUUAAGGCACUGGUUGCGGGAAGCGUCUUCUGCGUGCUCCUCGCGAAGGUGCUGAAGGUGGCGGUGCCGUUUUGGUUCAAAACGAUAGUUGAUCUACUGGCUCCUGCCACUGCGACUGCCGAAGCCGCGACGGUGGCUGGCCCUUUUGUGAUCGGUGUCUUCGGGUGUGUCGUGGCGUACGGUAUCUGCCGCAUCACCACCUCGAUUACCGAGGAGCUGAAGACGUUGCUGUUUGCCCCUGUCGGUGGCCACGCGUCCACGAAGCUCGCAAUGGAGAUGUUUGACAAGCUGCACCAGCUGGACCUGAACUACCACUUGAACCGCGAGACGGGUGUGAUCAGCAAAGAUUUGGAUCGCGGCAGCCGCGCCUUCUGGUCGUUGGCCUACGCCUUACUCUUCAUGGUUGUGCCGACCACCUUUGAGAUGGGGCUGGUCUGUUGUGCGCUGAACACGCAGGCGGGUCCGCAGUUCAUUGGCAUUGCGCUGGUGGCGGUGGUGGCGUACGUUUCGUGGACGUUUCUCGUCACCAACUGGCGCGCAAAGUUCCGCACGCGCUACAACGCCCUGGACAGCCGCUGCGGUGGCCUGAUUGUCGACUCGCUGCUGAACUACGAAACGGUGAAGUACUUUGGGACGGAGACCUACGAGUCGCAGCGCAUUCGCACCGAGACGACGAACAUGAACAAUCAGCUGGUGAUUCUGGAUCAGACAAUGGCGGUGCUGAACUUUGGUCAGCAAGUCAUCUUUGUCACGGCCGGCGUGCUCAGUCUGUACUUCGCCACGUGCGGCGUGCUCGCCGGUGCGCUGACGGUGGGUGACCUCGUGCUUGUCGACGCGCUGCUCAUGCAGCUGUACAUGCCGCUCAGCUACCUAGGCAUGAUUUACCGUGAGGUGCAAACCAGCACGCAGAACAUGCAGGCGAUGAUUGCCCUGCUGGACAAGAGCCCCAACGUGAACAACAAGACGGAUGCCAAAGAAUACAAGUACAUUGACGGCACCAUCGAGCUACGCGACGUCUCCUUUGAGUACAAGAAGGAGCUGAACCGCCUCGUGCUGCGCCACCUCAGUCUCACCAUCCCUGGUGGGAAGACGGUGGCCUUUGUGGGGCCCUCUGGCAGCGGCAAGAGCACCAUCUUCCGCCUCCUCUUCCGCUUCUACGACCCGACGGCUGGGCAGGUGCUGCUGGACGGGCAGCCGCUCGACACGCUGAAGAUGAAGAGCGUGCGCAAGUACAUUGGCGUAAUUCCACAAGACACGGUUCUCUUCAACGAGUCGGUGCGCUACAACAUUCGCUACGGCCGCAUGAACGCGACGGACGAGGAGGUGGAGGCGGCGGCGAAGGCGGCUAGCUUGCACGACACCGUUAUGCACAUGAGCAACGGCUACGCCACGUCCGUCGGCGAGCGCGGCUUGAAGCUCAGCGGCGGCGAGAAGCAGCGCGUGUCCAUUGCGCGGGUGGUGCUGGCCGAUCCUCCGAUCCUCUUGGCGGAUGAGGCUACCUCUGCCCUGGACAGCACGACGGAGCUGAACGUGAUGGAUACCCUCAAGAGCGCGACUGGCCGGACGCGUCCCCGCACCAUUAUCCUCAUCGCCCAUCGCCUCACGACUGUGAAGGAGGCGGACAUAAUCUUUGUGCUCGAUGGCAAGGGUGGUGUGGGGGAGCAGGGCACCCAUGCGGAGCUGCUACGCAAGGGUGGGCUGUACUCUGAGAUGUGGCUGCAGCAGCUGCGCGACCGACACCGCGCCGGAGGAGACGGCAGCGAGAAGACGCCUUCCGAGGCUGAUCCUCAACAAUGCAGUCAGGGUGAGAAACAGCAGCAAUCAGCACACUAA